CCGUGCAUCAUAUCUUGUAUCGCAGUACACUGACCUUGCUGAGGCAGACCAUUCUUUAAUAUUAGAGCAUUUUCGGCAAGCAACAAUGAGAUGGAACCCAGAAAUGCAUGCCUUCCGCUGCUUCCUUCUGGGGAGUCACCUAUAGCUGCCCGUGUUCUUAUAAAUUAUGAGUUACCGACAAAGAAGGAAACAUAUACAAGCCGUAUGACAACUUGUUUGGCUGCAGAUGGGAUUGUAAUCAACAUGGUCGUCGGGGGUGAGGUAGUAACUCUCAAAAGUCUUGAAGAAAGUAGCAACCUGGUCAUAGCUGAGAUGCCCAUACAUGUGAGUUUGUUAAUGCGUAUGUUUCCCACAUUUCUUGUAUCAUAUAUUGUAUCGCAGUUUUAA